UCCUCGGUCUCUCUCUCCUUAAAUCCCACAUAGGGCAUUGCAACGAACCAGAGAAGAUCGCGCAUGGCCACAUGGAGCACAAGACCGAACACAACGAUAACAGUUACCUGUCUGUGAUCAAAUAUACAUGUGACCAUGGAUAUAUGGAGAAUAGCGUCACAGAUGACGGACACUACUCUUGUGAUGCCGAUGGACACUGGUACAACACGCAACUUGGAAAUCAUUUGACAGCAUGUAAAGAAGUCAAAGCGGGGGAACCCCUGGUGGUCCUCGACCCCGCCCACCCUCCCGUCUCCCCCCUGGUCCCCAAAGGGGCAUCUCCCUGGAGCGCCCUCAUCGUGCUACCUGAUCAUUCCAUUCACAAUGGCUUCCUCGUCUUUGACCACACGGUGCUGACAAGCCUCGAGAUCUUUGGGGAGCAGCAAAUCACGAACGAGAUGAUCCAGGGGAUGAAGGUCUACCUUGGAGUGCGUUGCCGCCAUGAUAUGGAGAAAGCCCAUGCCUACAAUGUAAGCAACAUCAUUUACGAAGCCAAGAACAAAUUCACGAUAGUCCAUCUCGUUGAGAAAGUCCACUAUGGAAACUAUAUCGUGCCCAUCGCUGUCCCUCACGAGGAUCUGGUAUCUCCUGGAGCUUCUGGGAUAGCCGCUGGCUGGGAUGUAGGUCACCACGACAAACCUGGGGAUCAUGUCUACCUCACGGUCCAAUCAGUUGAGGAUAAGGAGGCUUGUAUGACCUGCCUGAAGGAGAACUACCCCCAGAACGAGCCAGAUUUCACGGGACUCUUCUGCACUAGAGCGCGCGACUCCUCCAUCAGGCUCGAGGACCAUGACGACGGCUUGGCCUUAGAGAUUCGAGCCAACGGAACAAGCUAUGCUGCAGGUCUCCUGUCGACGUCCAAAGCUUGCGAUGGAGACCUGGAGGUCUUUCUGGACCUUUUCGCCUUCGAACCGUUGUAUCAACAGUUGCAGAAGUUGCAUUGAAGUUAGGUUUGGGUUCGUUUGGGUUGGGUUAUCUUGGCUUGGGUUGUCUUGGUUUGGCUUGGCUUGGCUUGGCACACGGAGCGAUGGGUAGAUAGAGUCAUCGAGUCACACCCCGCGGAAAUAGGCCUUUCCACCCAACAUGCCCACAUCAGCUAAGAUAUCCCAUCUACGCUAGUCCCACCCGCACACGUUUGGUCUGUAUAUCCCUAUCAAUCUGCCCAAGUCCCACUUACCUACGUUCAUGAGUUUGUAACUUCUCGGAGCAGAAUUAGGCCAUUCUGCCACUCAAUUCUUCUCCUCGUUUCCAUCAUGGCGGAUUUGUCUUUUCCUCUGCACCCAUUCUCCACCCUUCUCCCCGCCACCCGUACUUAUCAACAAUCGAUAUAUCUUUGCAAUAAACAUCUACAUUUACUUGGCCUCCACCGACGUCUGAUGUAAGGAGGGAGUCGAGGAGAGAUCGGAGGGCGAGUGAACAAUGAGAGGUGGAAGGAGGAGGGAUGGGGUUGAAGGGAGGGAACGGAAAGACAAAAAUCCUUGUCAAUCCCCCAACCCAUUCCCAAACACUUAAUAAAAGUAGAUGAGAAUUUA